AUGAAAGUGAUGUGUUGCAAACGAUCGAAAUCAUUGAACGAUAUUAAAAGUUUAUUGCUGAAGCAAACGCCAAUGCGAUACGAUUGUGAGAUCGUUCCAUUGAAUGAAAAAGUUUCAGAAUCAGUUGAAUGCAACUAUAGAUGCAUCAUUCCGGAUCUGGAAGAGCACGUGGUCCACGAGAACUGGCANCCAAUCGAGCGCAAUAAGUCGUAUUAUGUGGGAUGCGAUUUCGUCGAAACGCAAUGUUUCAUUGAAAAAAAGCAUGUAUACAGUAACUUGCAUAUUCAGGUGGUACGUCCGCAGGGAGUGGAAUUCGUGGAAGAAGGACCCGAGAAUCCCAGUGUGCUAAUGUUCAUAUUUGACUCAACCUCAUCAUCAACAGGUUUCAGAGCGUUGAUGCAAACACAACAAGUAUUGCGACAAUAUUUUGAUGCCAUUUCGUUGUAUCAUAACAACAAAGUUGGCAUAAACAGUCGUCCAAAUGCGUUCGGAAUGUUUGCAGGUCGUCGUCAGAGCCAUAUCAAAGUUGGUAAAUUUUUUGAAGUCACAAAACCACCAGAGAUGUCUGAUCCUUGCCAGACGCCACUUAUCAGAAAUGAAACAGUUUUAUACGAUUUUGUCGAUCAAAAAUAUGCGACUAUUUGGAAUGAAGACUAUUGGCCAGCGUUCACCUACGGUGGAUGCCAGGGUUUCGUUCACGUUCCAACCAAUCAUUGGGCACGGUUCACUUGUGUUCACGCUGAUCAGUGUGCGACGAUGAUCACGCAACAGAUGAAUUACACAUCGAUGUUCAUGGAGGAAUAUGAUGGAAUUGCAAAAUUCAGUGUGCUCUGGCAUUGCCUUAAUCAUGACUCCCUCAACAAUCUUUAUUCUCACGACAAGUUGUUCGCUGAUUUCUUUCGUCGUUUUCAAGCGUCACUUCAGAACAGUUUUAUAUUCUUGAUGGCUGAUCACGGACUCCGGUUCGGCCCUCAAACAAACCAUGAAACUGGACGAUUUGAGGACGACAAUCCAAUGCUUAUGAGAUCACGUUAUCACGUUACGACCGUUUCAGUGUUCUAUGGUGAUAGGUUCAGAAAACUCAUAUCACUGUUAUUGACACAAGCAACGACCAAUUCACUGAAUGCAUCAGUUCAGAUAUCAGUACCGAAGUUUUUACGUGGCAAUGAUCAGCUGAUAACGAACCUUCGUAAGAACGCUCGUCGACAUACAUCAAACUAUGAUGUCUACGCAACUCUUGUUGAUAUCGCAAAAGUUGGUAAACAAAAUGGUUACAAGAACUGGGAUUAUCAUGAUUUCAGGUCAUUUAUAUGGUCAGCUGGAGUUUUUCAGUUGAACAUUUACGGUUUUAUUACAAAUUUUAGAGACGAUUUUGGCGAGACGAGGGGUGCGCGUGCAAUGAGUUUGUUCAGACCAAUCACCUCUGAUAGGUUAUUUUCAAGUUCGUGUUAUCUAUCUGAUCGCACCUUCUCAUUCAUGCGGAAAUUGAUCAACGUUAAGGUGAAAAUUGAGACCGGUAAUGCUAAUCGCGUUGCGUUUAGGACAUGUGAAGAGAUGGAGAUCGAUGAAACGUAUUGUUUGUGCUACACGUGGAAGGAAGUUUCUGUGAAUGAGCGUCGUGCUGAAGUGGCCGGUCGUGCUGUUGUCGAUAAUGUGAACGAAUUUUUGGUAUCGCAAAAUAUCUCGCAUAUUUGCGCAAGACUCAAAUUCGAAAAGGUACUGUAA